AUCAAUUUAGUUUACACCUGCUUGCUCACUGGUACCCGUCUGCUUGAUCGCUUCAUACUCGCUGCGAUCCCAAUUCCAUAACUACCUACACUGGGCAUCCUCUUAUUUAUGAAAACAAAAUGACGUCAACAAUCGGUAUUCCAAUUAAGCUCCUAAACGAGGCGCAAGGCCACAUCGUCACGUUAGAGAUCACCUCAGGCCAAACGUAUCGCGGCAAGCUGCUAGAAGCUGAGGACAACAUGAAUGUCCAGCUUAAAGACAUCACAGUCACCGCGCGAGACGGACGAGUAAGCCACUUGGACCAAGUCUACAUCCGCGGCAGCCACGUCCGAUUUUUCAUCGUACCCGACAUGUUGAAGAAUGCACCCAUGUUCCGAAGUCGAAACGCUAGAGGUCGCGGUGUUGGUCUAGCCAGAGGACGAGCGACCGUUAGCAGGGCAAGGGCGAGUGGACGUGGAGGACGAUGAGCGGGUUUCGAUUAGGAGGUUAUAAUCUCGAUAUUUCCCGGCGUUUAAGGGGAGAAUAAAACAAAAGCAGAAGUUUGGAAAUGGCGUUCCGAUCACCUCGCGACAAGUACGCAUUACCAGAAGCUCCAUAUUGUGUUGCUGGAAAAGGAGAGCCAGAGAGUAGAGGAUGUCCUCUAAGGUUCUG